GUUGAGCCUCAGAGAGAGAGAGAGAGAGAGAGAGUCGUGCCGUGCACUGCAAUGGAAGGUCAUCGCUCGACACGACAACUCAAGCGAGCUGAACUCGCCGAAACUUCGAAUCCGACCAUUUCGAAGCGACCAACACCCGACCUCCUUGAAGAAUCGUUUGAAUUACAAUCGGAGGAGUGCGAGAGGGAAGAGACUCUUCUUCUUCCCUCUUCGGACUCAUUGGAGAAGAUCAACGUGCUGUCGGUGUCCGACACGAAUUCUGGGCCAUCUGAUUCGUCCACCUUUGUGACUGGAAACAGUUACCACGUAUUCCUGAGCUUUAGAGGUCCUGAUACUCGCAAUGGCUUCGUCGAUCACCUCUACAAUAGACUCCGAGAUAUGAGCCUGCCGUUCCAUCCAAACUGCGCGUUCGGAGAUGAUGAGAAUCUCCCCUUCGGCGAGGGCAUUGCUGAGAACCUUCUCAGUGCAAUUGAGCACUCUAAGGUUUCAAUCCCAGUCAUCUCGGAAAAUUAUGCUGCUAGCGAAUGGUGUCUCCGUGAGCUCAUUCAUAUAAUGGAGUGCAAGGAAAGCAGAGGGCAAAUAGUCUUGCCCGUGCUUUACAAGGUGAAACCCAAGGAUGUGCGACACCUAGGGGGUAGCUUUGGAGAGGCCUUCCGAUCCCAGGAGCACCAUUUUAAUGAGGAUGUCAAGCAACAAGGGCCGGUAGCUCUCAGAAAAGCAGUUGAUUCUAGAAUAUUUGAAUCAGAGAAAUUUGCUGGCGGGCGCGAAGGUGAAUUAGUUAAAGAUCUAGUAGAAAUAAUUAUGCGCCAGCGGCAAGAUGAUUUUCCACCAUCUCUUCCCAUGGACUUGGUUGGAAUUGAUGAUCAAGUCGCUGAGGUUAGGAAAUUGGUGGAUACUGCUUACCCGGACACUCGAAUUAUUGGGAUUUAUGGGAUGAGCGGUAUUGGAAAGACAACUCUUGCUAGGGUCAUCUAUAACGAACUUGUUGACAAGUUUACGUGCCACAGCUUUCUCAAGGAUAUUAGAGAAACAAUUAAUAGCAAGGGCAUUGAGCAUGUUCAAUCUCAACUAAUCUCGGACAUACUAAAAUUUCAUGACUAUCGAGUGCUUGAUUCUCAUACUGGACUUCGUUCAAUCCAGACUAGUUGUAAAGGAAAGAAGUUAUAA